UUUAACGUCGUAAAAACAGAGGUUCUUGAAAACUGGAAACAUGAUGGCAGUUUGUGACUUGGGAUCCUAUUUAGAGGGAAAUAGUCACCAAAGCAUGACAGAACAGCUACUAGGUUGCGAUAAUUGUCAGUUUUAAAAAAUCAUUUUAGCUUUUCUUAAGAUCUGCAAAUUUUGAAGCUUUAAAACAGGACCUCAUUGUGAAACUUGACAGCUAUGUUUUGUUUGUUUGUUUUUUCUAAGUUUUUUCUACUUAAGAAAUAUCACGACUGCAGACUCUGGUCCUCCAAAUGUCACUCCUUAUUCUUAAAAUCGACUGAGAAUGUUUAGUUUUAUUAACGGAAUGACAAUGUCCGCUUCUUAUUUACACUCUUUUGAAAGAAAGUGCAACUCGAAGACAAGUGCACAAUAUCUACAACAAAAUAAUUCAUCUCUGCCUCUCGUGGUUUCUGCCAAUUAUUAAACAAUGAACUUCAAAAGUGCUUCAAACUCAAGGUCGUAAAAUCAAAUCAAAGUUCAGGACAACAGCUCUGUUUAUCCCUAACAUAUUAACCAUCCAAACCGAUUUCAGAUGACCUAAUCUCUAAACUACCGAAACCUGAGGCACAAACCGCUUCUUUUUUUAACACAGCACUUACUUGAUCGGUGACGUUGUAGCUCGGAUUUCUCUGUGUCUGCAGGUGAAAGAGGGGAUGUUUGAUAAGGAGAAGUUUGACGACCUGUGCUGGAUGAUGACCAUGAAGAAGAACUACCGGGUUGUUCCCAAGGGGGCGCUGCUGUCAGAGAGAGACAGUUUCAAACUCUUCUGUUUAUUCAACCUCCUGUCUGAGGACAAAUACCCGCUGAUGAUGAUACUGGAGGAGGUGGAAUAUCUCCUCAAGAAAAUCUCCACGGCUAUGAACGAAGAAUGGGAUGGGAAGCUCUUGGAUGACCUAAUAUCCCAGGAUGCCACAGUGCAGGAAGAGGGCAUGUCCGUGUGGACAUUCCUGGAGCUCAUGAACGCUGGUCGGCUGCUUAAGGUCACCAGCGCUGAGGCUUUCAGUGUCGCUCUGGACGAGGUGUUUCUGGAGAUGUACCACAACGUGCUGAAGAGGGGUUACAUGUGGAAAAAAGGCCACGUGCGCCGGAACUGGACCGAGCGCUGGUUCGUGCUGAAGCCCCACUCCGUGUCUUACUACGUCAGUGAAGACAUGAAAGACAAGAGGGGAGAGAUCCUGCUGGAAACAGGCUGCGUCAUAGAGACUCUUCCAGACCGGGAGGGAAAACGCUGCCUGUUCUGUGUGAAAACACAAAACAAAACCUUCGAGAUGAGCGCGUCUGACCUGAGACAGAAAGUGGAGUGGACUCAAGCCAUCCAGACGGCUUUCCGUCUCCAGAACGAGGGCAAGUCCUCGCUCCACCAUGAGCUCAAACUGAAAAGACGAGUCCAACGGGAGCACGGCCAACGGGAGCGCAGCAGGAGCUCGCACGGCAGCUCCAGCAGCCAACCGGACGAAUCCAACGUCCCAGAGGCGGAGAAGACGGAGAAGAACAAAGACAGACAGGACAUGGAGAUUGAAAGCAUCAUCCAGCAUGCACGAGAGUUGGAAAUCAAACGAAGAGAGGCGGAGGAGAAGGAAAGGAAGAAACAGAAGGAGGUGCAGAUGGAGCUGGAGAGACAGCUGAAAGAGGCUGAGAUGUUGAGAGACAGCAUGCAGGCCGAGAUGCAGGAGAAGAAAAAAGAGGCCGAGCAGCAGAAGAAGAGGAUCCAGGAGUUGGAGCUGACGCAGCAGAAACUAGAAGCUGCUCUGAACAUGGAGAUCCAGACUCGGCUGGAGGAGGAGAAGGCCAGAACGGAGCUGCAGAGGGUGCUGCAGGCUGAGGAGGAGAAGAAGAAGCAGUUCCAGCUCCUGCAGGAACAACAGAAGGCCCUGCAAAGCCUGAGUGUCAUAGAGGAGGACCCUGCAGGAGGGGCAGACGAGGACACCCCCUCUGCCCUCGACUCUGCCUCCCAGGAGCUGCAGGAUCUGCAAGAAUCUCGGCAGAGAAGCCACCAGCGCCUGGAGGAGGUUCAGGAGAAGCUGAGGAACGCCAGUCAACAUGUACGACACUGGAACGUCCAGCUGAACCGGCUUAUGACGCCCAUUACUCCAGGAGAUCGAAUGCAAAAUCGCCAAGUGGCAAAAGAGUUUUGCCCCAAAAAGGAAGGAGCUCUGGCCAGCAACGAGUUCAUCACUAAAUUCAAGAACUUAGCCAGUCAAAACAAUGAGAUGACGGAGGAACAUCAGAAACUGGAACAGCAGCAGGAAACGGGUCACGUGUCUGAUGGAGAGGAGGAAUCCCAGUGAAAAAGCCAAUGGACAAAUGUGACAAAGGGAAACGAGAAAGAAGUAUUUGUUUGGAGUAUUUGGUGCAGUGAAAAUAUGCAAAAAGGACUUAUGUGGUGUCUGAGCACAGCAGCCAUUUGGAUAUCUUUAAAUCAUGCUUCAGUUGAGCUUCCACAGUUUUACACCUGUCAACCGUCACUUUAUCAAACUCCUGUGUGUGUGUGUGUUUAAAACAUGUCCAGGUGGCUGUUAUGCAAUACAAAAUGUCUUUGUAUUUAUGGUCACACUUUAAAGCAUUGAGAUGCAGAAUUAAGCGAGAGUACAAUACAAAUGUACAGUUUGUACAAUAAAAUGUAUACAGUAAGUGAACAACAAUU